AGGCUCCUCAACAACUGUUCCCCAUCACAAUAGCUAUACUCCAUUAACCAUGUCCAGAACUACCGUCUGCAGAUGGCUUCCCAAGGACCCAGCAGCCGUUGAAACAUUCGUGAGCGACUUGCUCGUGCGCAGUCGUGUUAUCCAUGGCCGCCACCCUAAAACCCGCACGCGUUUUGCGAAGGCGGGGGAAAGCCUGAAGACGGCGAUAAGCAGAAUCGACAUUAAGCUUGACCUAAACUGCCUGCGAUCACACUAUCGCGUCAUCGCUGACCAGGUGCAAGUUUAUACUGUUCGCGCACUGCACCCUAUAGUACAGGAAUUCCAAGAUUACAUUGAGAGGGAGGGUGUGGUCUACGCUGCAUUCAACGAGAUGUUCGAACAAGCUCCCCCGCCUCAGAACGAGGACCAAGCAAAGAUCGAAGACUAUGUGGACUUGAUGGAGAUGAUCGACACGAACCUGACGACAGCACCCAGUUUUGGUCAGGGUGUGAGUGCUAUGGUGGCGGCCGUUCCCUAUUACGGUAUCAUUUCGCGUUUCUGCAACACUCCCGCGGGCUAUAACGCGUUCACUCACCCCGGAGUCAAUGAGAGAUUCUGCAGGGUGUUCACGGCAUGGCACGAGUACCUUACGUCGUCAGCAUCCACCAAUGUCAUCCACGAUGGAGAUGGCGGUUGGCUCAGUACCGCAGCGCUCAAUGCCAUGGUCCAAAGUGCUGGUGGCACUCCUGAUCAGGAUACGUUUGACAACUUCUUCAUUUGCGACACCAGCGACCCUCACUACGGUUUCAAAUCCUAUGACGAGCUCUUCGUCAGGGAGUUGAAAGCCGUGCACCGUGCCGUGGUCUAUCCCGACAACCCAGCGAUCAUCAACUCUGCAUGCUCGUCUACCGUUCACCAGGUUUACUACAACCUCAAGAGGACGGACAGAUUCUGGAUCAAAAAUACCCCCUACUCCCUCAACCACAUGCUCGCAGAGGACGAUCUUGUUGACACAUUCGCUAUGCUUGGAUCUCUUGACUACCACCGCUGGCGCAGUCCCGUGAACGGUACUGUCGUGAAGACACGCCUCAUUUCUGGGGCGACCCAUCCUAACCCACCGCCCACCUACUACGCUGCCUGCUUAGACGAUGACCAUGAAGAUCUGGACGUCGUUUCCCGCUCGCAGGACUUUGUCUCAAACAUUUCCACACGUGCUUUGAUCUACAUCCAAGCUGAGGAGCCCGUUGGCUUGAUGUGCUUCGUGGGUGUUGGCUUGGGCGAGGUGUCGACCUGUAACGUUGUCGUCAACGAGGGUCAGGAGCUCAAGAAGGGAGAUGAGCUGGGCCAGUUCCACUUUGGAGGAUCUACCCACUGUCUCAUCUUCCGACCUGGCGUGACCGUGACGCCGAUUGACCAGGACGGCCAACCUUUGGAGGGAUCGAAGGUGCGGGUCGGCAAAGAUAUCCUCAUCGCAACAAAGCAGCCUUGAAAUGAUAACUUCGGUCGUGUGUCUGUAUAACCUCAGAUUUAAACAGUGUCAUCGCUCGCGUGUACGAUAGUAAAGUUGAAUUGGUGCCUUGGCGUGUUUGUGUACAAUGUAACAUUUCAGGCGUACGGCAGGAAUUGUUAUCUUUCAGCGUUUCACUUGGUUCAGUAUAAGGUGUCAAUAAAGGUAGAUAAGUUGGACCGGUUCCACUUCCGAGGGUCUACCCGCUGCCUCAUCUGCUGCUCUGGCUUAUGUCGCUGAUCCCUCAGGGCGAGGACGCCACAUUAUUAGUAGGAUUGUAGGUGCGAACCGGCGAACAUAGUUUCUGUCUAAGGUGUUUCCUCCAAGUCA